AUGAACGCGACAGUAACGGAAGGCGGAGACUCGGUGGUGAGCGACGUGGCUGUCGGCACGUCGUCGGUGCGGCUGUCUGGGGCGCUGGAGCAGCGACUGCUGGUGUUCGCGCUGGACGCCGACUGCCUGGGGGCGGUGGUGCGGUUCGACCUGAUUUCCGUGCGCUUCACGGGUCGGUUGACGUGGAGGGACGAGGUGGUGCUCGGAAGCUGGGAGCGGGAUCGCGGCCUGCUGCCGCCGUCUGCAGACCUCUUCCCAGACAAAUUGUCCGACCUGCAGGGCCGCGAGUUCGUCUUCGGCACCUUCCACUACCCGCCCUAUGUCGUGCUGGACGAUAAGGACCCAACUUUCCAGGACGGCCUCGAGUCCCGGAUGAUACUGGAGUUCCUCAAGAAGGUGAACGCGACCUGCCGCCUCACGCUGGAGACGGAAGACAAGUGGGGCCAAAUCUGGGACAACGGGUCCGGGAACGGAUUGAUGGGCGCCGUGGUGCGCGAUCUGGUGGACGCGAGCUACUCGUCGCUCGGCUACUGGUACUACGAACAUAUCUGGCUGGACUACUCGCGCUCCUACUACCGCACCGGCAUCACGUGCCUGGCGCCCAGGCCACGCCCACUUCCUGGCUGGCAGGUGCCUCUGCUGCCCUUCUCUGCUUACCUGUGGGCCGCCGUCGGGGUCUCCGUGCUCGUUGCCACCGCCGCCCUCUUCAUCGCCAAGACCAGCUCCACCAGGCUGCUCGGUGAGGAAAAUGACACAGUGUUGGCCGGCGGGCGAUACUCCACAGUGGAGGACUGCUUCUUCCGGUCUUUGGGCCUGCUGGUGCUGCAGACGCCGGACGUGGAGCGGCGCCACACACGUGUCGUGGGCCCCACGCGCCACGUGCUGUCCUGGCUGUUGAUCGCCUACCUGCUCGUCACCGCCAGCUACGGCAGCGGACUCUCCUCCGUGCUCACCAUUCCCAGGUACAAAAUAGACUGCACCCAUCAACUGAAUUAUUUCUGUGAAGCAUCAGCAGCUUUUCAUUGCUGUUUUGCAGCUAUUCUAAAUCGAAGCGCCACUCCUCGCAGGUACGAACCCCCCAUCAACACGGUGCGGGACCUGCGCGACAGCGGACUGAACUGGGCUGCGACGCACAUAGCGUGGCUGAAUCCUCUGAGAGGCACCGACGAGCAGGUGAUCAUAGACCUGUGCGAGCGGUUCAGAGCGCUCAAGGAGGAAGACAUGAAGGCCCGCUCUUCCACCCGCGACCUGGCGCUCGGCAUAGAACGGUUGCCGGCAGGAUAUUUUGCUGUUGGCGACUACAUAGAAGAAGAAGCCGCCAGCAAGUGGCUGCGGCCAAUGCAAGAGGACAUCUACUGGGAGAUGAAUAACAUUAUGGUGCGCAAGGGCUGGCCGCACCUUCAGCAUCUGGACGACCUCAUCGACCGGCUAAUCGACUCUGGCCUCAUACUGGCCUGGGAGGGUCAGGUGACGCGACGAUGGCUGGCACCCCGAGUGCAGCUCGCGGUCCAAACGGCGUUCCGGCUGCCCUCGGCAGGGGCGGAGCCGGUCAAGCUGCGGCUGUCGCACGUGCAGGGCGAGUUCGCGCUGCUCGCCCUGGGCCUCUGCCUGUCGCUGCUCGCCCUCCUGGCCGAACUCGCCAUCCACAGGUUCCUCAGCGGCGGGGGCACCGCUCUGCCCUUCAACGUCAACUUUCUAGCGGAGCCACCUCGGAAGGAAAUGGCGAUCACGAGGGUCUAUGGACCGCAACUGGGAAAGGCCAAACGGUCUGGCCCUGUGGUUGGAGGUCUGAGAAUGGCGGGCCGGAAGCGUCGUUCAUAA